AAUUUAUAUACAUGUUUGUAGGUAUGACUCCCCGCCUUGGUGGACGUUUAUAUCAACAAUAUGUUGUGGAUGCAUUUUCAACAAUUGAGCAAGCACGUCUUUGGUACCUACGUACUCACCAGACCACCUUGCGUAAUGAGCUCUAUUCACAAAUAUGUGAUUCUCUAAAAAAUGGCAAUGAUGAUGCAUCCAAAGUUGGGAAAGGUAUCAUACUCCCUGCUGGUUUUAUUGGUUCUCGGAGAUAUAUGCAGCAGAAUUUUCAGGACGCUCUAGCAGUAUGCCGCUAUAUUGGACAUCCAGAUAUUUUUCUUACCAUGACCACAAAUCCACUUUGGGAUGAAAUCAUUCAGAUGAUGAAACUACUACCACAUUGUCUUCCGCAGAAUUCACCGGACAUCAUUGCUAGAGUUUUUAAAUUAAAGCUUGAACAAUUGAUUGAUGAAAUAAAGAACAAGUCCUUCUUUGGAGAAUGUCUUGGAGGUAUGAAAUCUAAAUUAAUAUAGAAUUCAGACGUUCCUCUAUUUUCUUAAUUUCCUGUGAUGUGUGGUCUAUGUUGUAGGUUAUUUAUCUUUCUUUAUUUUUUUUUCUGUAACAGUCAUGUACGUUGUUGAAUUCCAAAAGCGUGGACUCCCUCAUGUCCACAUGCUUAUAUGGUUAGCAGCUGAUGCGAAACACCAUCUACAGAAGAACAUUGACCAAUAUGUUUCUGCCGAGAUUCCCGAUCCAGAUGUUGAUCCUUCUGGAUACGAAGCUGUGAAAGCUUUCAUGAUCCAUGGUCCAUGUGGUCCGGAUAAUCCAAAAUCUCCCUGCAUGAAAGAUGGCAAGUGUAUACGGCACUUUCCUAAGAAGUACUGUGCAAGCACCACAUUUGAUGAAUCUGGAUUCCCCAUUUACCGUAGACGGAAAACUAAUGUCACCGUUACAAAAGGGAAACAUCAAUUGGACAAUAAAUGGGUUGUUCCUUAUAACAGAGAUUUAUUGGUAAAAUUUCAAUGCCAUAUCAAUGUUGAAAUCUGCUGUCAUGCAAGAAGUAUCAAAUACCUUUUUAAGUACUGUUUAAAGGGUCAUGAUCGAGCAACGGUUGAAAUUCGAGGACGAAACAAAGAGAGAACAGAUGUGGAUAUUGAUAAGCCUGUUGAUGAGAUAAAGCAGUAUUUUGAUGGGAGGUAUAUAUGUGCCUGUGAAGCAGCUUAUCGUAUAUUUGGAUUCAACAUUCAUUACCGAACCACAUCCGUGCAACGAUUGUCUUUUCACCUGCCUGGGGAACGCAACUGUACAUUCAAAGAAAGUGAACCUCUGCCCAAAGUAGUCAGAAGAGAGAAGCACAAGCGUAGCCAAUUAGAAGCAUUUUUCCAACUGAAUCAGACUGAUGUUGAAGCUAGGAAAUACACAUUUGAUGAAAUCCCAAAGCAUUAUGUUUGGAAUGAGGCCGAAACAGUUUGGAACAUGCGUAAAAGAGGCACACAAAUUGGCAGACUAUUUUAUACUCAUCAUUCAACUGGUGAGCUUUGGUACUUACGUCUGUUGCUUACGAAGGUGCGUGGACCAUUGUCAUUUAUACAUUUGAGGACAGUGAAUGGUAGAGUCUUCCCCACCUUUCAAGAUGCAUGCAAGGAGUAUGGCCUUCUCGAUGAUGAUAAUGAAUGGCAUCAAGUCUUGAGCCAGUCUGCAAGUUGUGGUUUUGCACCACAGAUUCGUCAGCUCUUCGUCCACAUAAUUGUAAAUUGCAGAGUCAGUGAUGUUAAUAAGCUGUGGAAUGAUCACAGUAAUAAUAUGACUGAUGACAUUCUGAUGAUGCGCAGGAAAAUUUCUCAGAAUCCUCAUUUAAUUUUGAAUGAUAAGCAAUUAGAGUACUAUGCACUUGCAGAAAUCCACGCAUUGCUGAAAUCAAUUGGGAAAUCCAUCAAAGAUUUUAAGCAACUGCCACAGCCUCCUGCAAUGUAUCUUGACUUUGCUGAUAAUAAUCUGAUCAUCGAGGAAACCAGCUAUGACACCCAAGAAAUGGCGGAGCUACAUAAAUCUCUAAUUUCAAGCUGUACUGAUGAACAACUGGACAUCUACAACACCAUCAUGAAGUCCGUUGAAAACGACGAAGGCCGUCUUUUUUUUGUUCACGGCAGUGGAGGUUGUGGCAAGACUUUUCUCUGGAAGACACUAAUUUCUAAAGUCCGUUCUGAGAGUAAGAUAGUUCUGCCAGUUGCAAGUUCAGGCAUUGCAGCCACUCUCAUGCCUGGAGGUAGAACGGCUCACUCAAGGUUUAAAAUUCCUAUUGUGUUGGAUGAGUAUUCAAUGUGUAACAUAUCACAGCAGUCUGAUAUAGCCAAGCUUAUCCAACAAACAAGCCUCAUAAUAUGGGAUGAAGCACCAAUGCAACAUCGUUAUGCCUUCGAGUGUCUUGAUCGUUCUUUACGUGAUUUAAUGAAAUCAGUGGAUGCCAAACGUUUUCAAAUGCCUUUUGGAGGAAUUACUGUUGUUUUGGGUGGGGAUUUUAGACAGAUACUACCAGUGAUUCCCAAAGCUUCGCAGGCUGAGGUGUUGGCAGCAUGUAUAAUACGAUCAAAGUUGUGGACUAAUGUCCACUUACACAGUCUCACCAAAAAUAUGCGCAUACAUAAAGGUACAAGUCCAGAUGAGGCAAAGCGUAUGAAAGAAUUUAGUGAAUGGGUUUUGAAAGUUGGUGAUGGGAAAAUAGAGCGAGCUCCUGAAGCCGAAUGUGAAGAUGAUAUUGUCAUUCCACCUGAGUUCUGUAAGAUCACUGAAGACAGUUGUAUAGACGAGAUGAUCAGGACCACGUUUCCAGAUCUGGGAACUCGGUACAAGGACCCGAAAUACCUCAGCGAAAGGGCAAUACUCACUCCAAUGAAUUGCACUGUAAGUCAUGUAAAUUCUGUGAUUGUUGAUCAAAUACCUGGAGAUAGCGUAUCCUAUUUUAGUGUGGAUCAUGGAGAAGACUUCCCUGGAACAAAGUCUGAGCUACAACAUAGCUUCCCCCCAGAGUAUUUAAACUCCCUGAAUGUUCCCGGAUUGCCCAGCCAUGAACUUAAACUUAAAGAAGGUGUAGUUGUCAUGUUAAUGCGUAACCUAAAUCAAACUUUAGGUUUAUGCAAUGGUACAAGGAUGAUGGUCACUAAGCUGCUUCCACAUUGUGUCCAAUGCGAGGUGAUUUCUGGUAGUUAUGUUGGUACAAGGCAUUUCAUUCCACGAAUGGAACUGUUCCCCACUGAUUCCACACUUCCUUUCAAGCUUCUAAGGAAACAGAUGCCUUUACAGAUAUGCUAUGCCAUGACAAUAAAUAAAUCGCAAGGUCAAUCCCUUGAAACAGUUGGUUUGUUCCUCCCUAAACCUGUCUUCACUCAUGGACAGUUAUACGUCGCAGUAAGUCGUGUAACUUCCCCUGACGGCUUGCGCAUAUACAUUGAGUCACCCAAAGGCGGAACAACGAAUAUCACCCAGAAUGUUGUCUACCAUGAAGUUUUUGAACGACUGCCCAGGGCUUAG